UUCAGUUAUGCAAAGUUCUGAAUCUUACCCUAAUAGAAAGUGAAAGCAAAACGAAAUUCCCCUCCAUUCAAGUCUGCAACAGCGUGGAUUAAGGUUAAGUCCAUUUAUUGAAACAUAUUGUUCAGAUCCUGAGUGACAUAACUGGAGCCAACACGGUGCUAUGGAGAACUAUGAGAUUUAGCCUGGAUAUUAACUCGUCUUCUAGAGAAUAGAUUUAGUAUUCCAUUCUACUGUAAUGGCUAAUUCACGCAGAAAACUAAUAUUUAAUAUUUCCAUAGGAUUUUACUGCUCAGCAGUCAUCCAAAUAUGUAUUUGUUCUCAGUUCACAAGUUCAUCUAUUGAUCAGUUCAAUAAGGACCGUGGGGCUUUCCCAGUAGCCAUCAAUGGGGAAAUAUUUCCUUGGCAUGAGCUAAGGCUCCCCACCAUGGUCAUUCCCCUCCACUAUGACCUUUUUGUCCACCCAAAUCUCACCUCCCUGGACUUUGUUGCAUCUGAGAAGAUUGAAGUCUUGGUUCGAGAUGCCACCCGAUUCAUCAUCUUGCACAGCAAAGAUCUUGAAAUCAUGAAUGUUACUCUUCAGUCAGAGGAAGAUUUGAGAUACAGGAGACCAGGGAGAAAGCUAACUGUUUUGAGUUAUCCUGCUCAUGAACAAAUUGCACUGCUGAUUCCAGAGAAACUUAUGGCUGACCUGAGAUAUUCUGUGGCUAUUGACUUCCGGGCCAAGCUAGCUGAUGGUUUUGAAGGCUUUUAUAAAAGCACGUACAGAACUCUUGGUGGUGAAACAAGAACAAUUGCAGUAACGGAUUUUGAGCCAACCCAGGCACGAAUGGCUUUCCCUUGUUUUGAUGAACCAUUGUUCAAAGCCAACUUUUCGAUCAAGAUAAGAAGAGAGAGCAGACACAUUGCCCUAUCCAACAUGCCAAAGGUUAAGACAAUUGAACUUGAAGGAGGCCUCUUGGAAGAUCAUUUUGAAACUACUGUAAAAAUGAGUACAUACCUUGUAGCCUACAUAGUUUGUGAUUUCAACUCUGUGAGUGGCACAGCCUCGUCAGGGGUCAAGGUGUCCAUCCAUGCAGCCCCAGACAAAUGGAGUCAAACACAUUAUGCUUUGGAAGCAUCAUUGAAGCUGCUGGACUUUUACGAAAAUUACUUUGAUAUCCACUAUCCACUCGCAAAACUGGAUCUAGUUGCCAUUCCUGACUUUGAAAGUGGAGCCAUGGAAAAUUGGGGCCUUGUCACAUAUAGAGAGACGUCACUGCUCUUUGAUCCCAAGACCUCUUCUACUUCUGACAAACUGUGGGUCACCAGAGUCAUAGCUCAUGAGCUAGCGCACCAGUGGUUUGGCAACCUGGUUACAAUGGAAUGGUGGAAUGAUAUUUGGCUCAAUGAGGGUUUUGCAACAUACAUGGAACUUAUCUCUGUUAACGUCACAUAUCCAGAGCUACAAUUUGAUGACGAUUUUCUGGACAUGUGUUUUGAAGUAAUUAAAAGAGAUUCAUUAAAUUCAUCCCAUCCUCUCUCCAAUCAAGCAGAAACCUCUACUCACAUAAAGGAAAUGUUUGAUGCAGUUUCCUAUAAAAAGGGAGCUUGUAUUUUGAAUAUGCUCAAGGAUUUUCUGAGUGAGGAGAAAUUCAAGAAAGGAAUUAUUCACUACUUAAAGAAGUUCAGCUAUAGAAAUGCUAAGAAUGAUGAUUUGUGGAGCAGUUUGUCAGAUGAUUGUUUAGAAAGUGAUUCUACAUCUGGUGGAUUUUGUUAUUCCGAUUCCAAGACAGCAAGCAACACACUCACCUUUCUGCGGGAAAAUGUGAAAGUGAAGCAGAUGAUGGCUACAUGGACUCUGCAGAAAGGAAUCCCCCUCGUGGUGGUUAACCAAGAAGGGCGUUCACUCAGACUACAGCAGGAGCGCUUCCUGAACGGGGUGUUCAAAGAGGAUCCUGAAUGGGGGGCCCUGCAGGAAAGGUACCUUUGGCAUAUCCCAGUGACCUAUUCCACAAGUUCCUCUAAUGCAAUUCACAGACACAUUCUGAAAUCAAAGACAGAUACUCUGGAUUUACCUGAGAAGACCAGUUGGGUAAAAUUCAAUGUGGACUCAAAUGGCUACUACAUUGUCCACUAUGAGGGGCGUGGAUGGGACCAACUCAUUACACAGCUGAAUCAGAACCACACAUUUCUCAGACCUAAGGACAGAAUAAGUCUGAUUCAUGAUGCCUUUCAGCUAGUAAGUGCAGGAAGGUUGACUCUAGACAAAGCCCUUGACCUGACUCGCUAUCUCCAACAUGAAACAAGCAUCCCUGCACUUCUCAAAGGCCUGGAAUACCUAGAAUUGUUUUACCACAUCACGGAAAGAAGGAAUGUUUCAGAUGUCACUGAAAAUCUCAAGCAUUACCUUCUCCAGUAUUUUAAGCCAGUGAUUGACAUGCAAAGCUGGUGUGACGAGGGCUCGGUCUGGGACAGAAGGCUUCGUGCGGCUCUCUUGAAGCUGGCCUGUUACCUGAACCAUGCUCCUUGCAUCCAGAAGGCAACUGAACUCUUCUCUCAGUGGAUGGAAUCCAGUGGAAAAUUAAAUAUCCCAACAGAUGUUUUAAAGAUUGUGUACUCCGUGGGUGCUCAAACAACAGCAGGAUGGAAUUACCUUUUAGAGCAAUACAAACUGUCAUUGUCAGGUGCUGAAAAAAACAAAAUUCUGUAUGCAUUGUCAACCAGCAAGCAUCAGGAAAAGUUAAUGAAGUUAAUUGAACUAGGAAUGGAAGGAAAGGUUAUCAAGACACAGGACUUGGCACCUCUUCUUCAUGCAAUUGCCAGAAAUCCAAAGGGGCAGCAAUUAGCCUGGAAUUUUGUCAAAGAAAACUGGAUCCAUCUCCUUAAAAAAUUUGAGUUGGGCUCAUUUCCCAUAAGAAUGAUCAUCUCUGGCACAACAUCUCACUUUUCUUCCAAGGAUGAGUUGCAAGAGGUGAAACUGUUCUUUGAAUCUCUUAAGGCUCAAGGAUCACAUCUGGAAAUUUUUCAAAUUGUUCUGGAAACCAUAUCCAAAAAUAUUAAGUGGCUGGAGAAGAAUCUUCCCAUCCUGAGGAAUUGGCUACUGAUUAGUAUUUAAAUGGUCAAUAGAAACAGCACAUCAGAUGCAGGCUGUGUCUACAUGAAGUGGGCAAAGCUCAAGUCAAAGUCUCAGAUAGUUUAACCAGUAAGAAGCCUCAAGAAAUCAGCCAGCACAGCUACCUGUGCUCAGCUAUCAUCUCGAGCUGACAGACGUAUGAUGCUGGGGUGAGGGAAGGCCAGUUCAGUAGCCUAUUUUAAAGUAAACUUUGUGAGUAAUGGAGAUAUGUAGAGAUGUAGUGAUAAAUAUAGCUGUAAUAGUUUAGCUGCAACACAGACUGUCUACAAUGCCUGACAUUAUGCAACUACGACUUUGCUUCUUUGUUGUUUUUUUUAAACCUUGCAUAGAAUCCUGGAAUUAGCCCAACCAGGUUACCUCCAAGGAAACACAGCCAAUCGGCAAAAAACUCUUUCUUUUGCAUCCUUCCAUCUUCUUACUCUCCAGCUCCCUCAACUCAGCAUGGAUAGCUUAAUUUUUACCAUUCAUGUAAAAUCUGAAUUAAAUUAUGAAGCAUACAGAUGAAGAAAACAGAGACUUUAUCACCAAAUCUCAGAUUAUUAGAAAUUAGAUGUCAGGGUUUAUCAAGGAAGCCAGGAAGGCCUCUUGGCUGGAGCCUCACAUUCGUGAAGAGCCUCAAAAGUAGACUUUUGAGAUCAUCUCUAAGUGAAGUUAAAUCUGUAGUCACAGAGGCACAGGGGAGAAAGAUGACACCACUUUAAUCCAGGCACUGUUGCAUUUUUAAUAAAUCUUCUGAAAGUUGCAGAGUUAGAUCAUACUAUGGUGUAUAUUUUGGAUUAAAUUAUGGUUUAAUGUAACUAUUUAAAUGUAUAAUUAUAUUUUCUAACCCAG